GACCGGGACCGGGGUCGCUAUCGGGCGCUGACGGUCUCUGUACCCCUUCAGGGGCGGCCGCGGCUCCUUCGGGUCCGCCCACGCCGAGAGCCGGCGCCGAGCGCAGACCCCGGAUCCCUCCUGUCCCUGUGCAGGUCCAUGGGCGCUGGAUGUGUCGGGCUGUGGCCGUCCCGGGGGAGCCGUGGCCGUGCCGUGCUGUGCUGCCAGCGAUGAUUCCCCGCUGACAGGCUGAGCGGCAUCGACUGCAGCUGGGGAUGGUUCCGCUGUUACCCGUGGUGAGGCUCAGGUAGGAGCUGGGCCAUGGAGGCUGCACCAGGGCCAGCACCUCCCCGCUGCCCUCCGUAGCCCAGCAGCCGUCGGUGGCUACCUUGGCGGGCCACCAUGGAGCAGCCCACACGUGUGCCUGGGCCCCGCCGGCUUCUGGGCUGCUUCAGGCGGAAGCCACAGACCAUCGAGGGGGAAACACCACCACAACCGGAGCCAGAGCCAGAGGAACCCGAGGAGACCCGCAUCGUGCUGGCCCUGGGUGAGAGCCAGGCGCUGGAGGAGUGUCCCCUGUGCCUGCUGCCCCAGCCCCCCGAGGCCUUUCCCAGCCUGGCCUCCUGCUCGCACCGCUCGUGCUGGGCCUGCCUGGAGCGGUACCUGUGCCUCGCCGUGAGCGAGAGCCGCGUGCCCGUGUCGUGCCCGCACUGCCCCGCUGCGCUCCAGCCCGCCGAUGUCCACCGGCUCCUGCCCCAGCCCGCCCUUCGGGACAAGUACGAGGAGUUCCUGCUGCGACGGCUGCUGGUGGCUGAUCCUGGCACCCGCUGGUGCCCCGCACCUGACUGCAGCUACGCUGUCUUUGCCCACGGCUGCGCUGAGUGUCCCCGCCUCACCUGUGGGCGUGAGGGCUGUGGCACCGAGUUCUGCUACCACUGCCGGCAACCCUGGCACCCUGACGGCCCCUGUGCACCACCGGCCCCCAGCCUGGCCACCCCCACAGCACAGCUGGCCCAGCAGGAGGAGUUGGCCCAUGCUGAGGCUGAGGACAUCAAGGUCUGUCCUCGCUGCAGUGCCUUCAUCAUGAAGAUCAACGAUGGGAGCUGCAACCGCAUGAACUGCACGGUCUGUGGGUGCCUCUUCUGCUGGCUCUGUCUGCGGGAGAUCUCUGAUAUGCACUUUCUCAGCCCCUCUGGCUGCACCUUCUGGGGGAAGAGGCCGUGGUCACGGACCCGGAGGAUCAUGUGGCAGCUGGGCAUGGUGCUGGGAGCCCCCAUGGUCAUCUCUCUUGCUGCGGGUGUUGCUGUCCCUGUCAUUACCAUUGGGAUCCCCAUCUACAUGGGUAGGAAGGUGCUGGGCCAGAGCCGGCGAAGCAGUCACUCCGGGUGCCAGCAGUGCCUCUCUGUCACCAGCAGUGUCCUCCUCUCUCUCUUCGUGUCCCCUAUCAUAACAGCUCUCACUGUGGGUGUUGGCGUGCCCCUGGUGCUCACCUACGUGUACGGGACCGUGGUGCUGUCGCUGUGCCGGAGCCGCUGGGGCUGCAGGGGCAGCCGCACGCCUGGAGACCUCGGCAUGGUGGAGCUGGACAACCUGACCAAACUGAAUGAGCUGUGGUCAGUGCUGCCCAGCCCCAGACCAGGUGAGGACGGAGCUCCAGACCCUGCUGCCUCCAUCCCCAGCAGCAGCCGCAGCCCGCGCCCGGGGCCAGCGUGGCCGGAAGGGGACAGCCAGUCAGCCAGCACAGUGGCCCUUGCUGGGAGUAUGCUGAGUGAGGGCCAGGACACCUCUGACAGACUGACCAUCCCCAGCUGUCCCAGCCUGUCACCACAGGAGAUGAGGUUUGUGAGCUGGCUCACCUGCACAACUUCUCCAGCUGCUCUGGGAUUCCCAUGUGAUGGGGUUGUGCCUUUGGCAGUGCCUUGCACUGCAGCUCUUCCAUUUUCAAGGAUGAACUCCACCCUUCUGGUCCUGGGCUGUUGUCUCAGCUCCCACAGUUCAGUCUGUCCCUCACCAGCCCAGCUGUGCCUCCUGGUACCUUUGACCCCCUUUCCUGGCAGCCUCAAGCUUCAGCUCCCCACCCAGUCUGGUGGCUCUGCAGUGAGUUAUUCAGUCCUGAACUGCUUUCUGGUGUUUGGAGUGUCCAGGCUGGGCUCCUGCAGCCCUGUGCGAGUCUGGUGCUUCAGAGCCUCCAGUGACACACUGCUGCAGCUGGAUUUGCUGCUGAGGCUGUUUCUAUGCUUAGGAACUCUGGAUGAGCUGUGUGUUCCCUUAGAACAGGGGUGCCUGAGGAGACUUUUCAUUUGCAGAAGUGGGUUUGUUCUCAGUGCAACUUCCACUUGCUGCCAGGUGGGUUUAUCUCAGGAACAUUCUGGGAAGGGGCUGCUCAGUACCUCACACUGCCUUUGUGCUGUCAGUGUCCUGGUCAGGGUUACUCCAGAUUGAAUAAACAGAAUGGAGAGUCACAUGGACAAGCAGUCCUAAAGUGUUAGUUAUUUCUGCAGUCCCUGAGAGCCUGAGCUGAGGCAGCUUUGCUUGGUGACAUUAAAACCACUUUGUCUCAAUUACCAUAUGCUGUCAUCCUAUUCCUGCUGCCAGGCUUCCAUCUAGAGGGUUUGGUUUUAAGUUUUCUUCCUGGUCAUUAAGGUUUGUGAUGCAGUCUCCAGUCUCUGUGGAGUCCCAAAACAGCUCUGAUUUGUGGUGACCUGACAUUAGUGACC